AUUUGAAUGGAUUAACUAAAUGCUUAUAACUGAGUUUGCUCAUAGAAAAAUUAAUUUCAGAAUUUAUGAAAUUAUAAUGCAGCAAAAAAAUCUGACUUGUUCUUUUAUUUAAUAAAUAAUGGAAAGUGUGCGCCCUAAGUUGCCUCUGAAACGUAAGCUCAUUCCUGCACCUGAAGCAGUUUUACCACAACUACCAUAUACUGCUGAAAAACCAGAAUGGCAUCAGGCACUUUCACAAGUCAAAAGAGUUUCCAAUGUGCAUAGUAAAAAAUGUACAGGUUUGAAAACUGGAAGGAAAACUGUGUCUAAUAAAAAACCUAUUUUUUGCUCUGGAUAUUGGGCAAUGCUAGAUAAACGACAGAAAUUUCGUUCUGCAUUAUUGAAAGUUUUCAGAUCUGAAGAAGUGAAACAUGUUUCAGGUUUUUCACCAAAGAGAUUAACUAAUCAAGAAAUACAGUGGCUGAAAUAUGAAUAUUAUCUCCGCAAGUUGAUUCCACUGGAGUCUGUUGCAACAUUAACUGACUACCACAUUGAAAGAAUAUUAAGUCAAGUACCUGAUAAACUGAAGGUAGGCAUGGAAACAGAACUUGGAAAAACUGUUCGUCUUAUCAGAGAUGAAUAUGUAUGGAUUGUUAAGAAAGCUGCAGUUGAUUUUGUUCUGAAUUCUCCUAUCCCAAAAGAAAGUCUCUAUGACCCAACUUCAAGAUAUUACCAAGAGAUGACUGUAUUUGCACAAGCUUCUUCAAACAUGCAAAUGAGCAAAAAGAAACUAGCUCAAAUUUUUAUCCUUUCCAACAAAUGCAUUUUGAGAUUAUUAGAAAUAUGGCUACAGAUAUGUGGUGAACUAAGUUUGGUUAACCCAUCUUCGUUAAAAAAAUUCGAACCUUAUGAGAUAUCAGUAUGGCUUCAGACUGUAAAAGCCCAAGUUCUUUCUACUCAGGAUAUUUUACAUAAAGUCUGGUAUCCACUUGUUCAACAAACUGUGAAUGUUGGGUUGAAAAAAAAAUAUAUUCUACAACAUAAAAGAAUAACUAUCUUUAAUUGCAUAGCUGCAAUAAUGACUUCUGAAUUGAAAAGUCUAUGUUUUGAAUCCUUGGUUAAAUAUGAGAAUCUGUUGCACCAUUUUCAGGAGAACAUUGGUAGUCUAAAAAUCAAAUUAGUUUAUUCAAAAGGAAAUUACAAACUGGAUCCUAAUAUAAGAGAAGUGGAAAAAGCAGUAACAGAGCCAUUUAUUUUGAUGCAGUUGGCUGUACAGUUCUUCCCUCGCAUAGAAACUUGCCUUCACCAAGAAUUUAAAGAAACAGCAAAAGAUUCUCUGAAAACAACAUUACCUGAAAUUAUCAUUGAGAAUUUUAUAAUGAGAGCUUGUGAAUCACUACAUUCUAAGUGGAAGGCCCCUCUUCAGCUUAUUGAAGAACUUGAAAAAUACAGAUAUUUACUUUCUGAGGAAGCCAGUGAUGAAGUAGAUGCUUUCCUUGCAAGUGAACAUUCUUUAGAUGAAUAUGAGGCAAAAGUUAAUUCGUUAACAUCCUUAAAGCAAGAAAUUGAAUUGAAAAGAGGAAAAAUUGUAGAAAGAGGCAUGUUUGUUAUUGACUGUGAAGAGUUCUUUGAAAACCUUUAUUCUUCAGUCAGUGGAUUAUAUACAAAGUUAAUAAAACACCUGAAGGAAAAGCAUGCAGAAUUUACUGCAAAUCUAUGUGAAGAAUAUGAAAUUGCGAUGAAUAAAUUGAAAUAUGUCCCAUCUGAUACAAGAGAGCUUUUUGAAGCCAAGGAAUUUGUUAAGAGUUUCAUCCAAGAACCAUUAGAUGUUUUUAAGCAGAAAUUGCAGUUAUUAAGCUCUUGGAUAUAUUAUCUGUGUGGAAUACUCAAUUUUACAAGAUCAGAACUUGAACAUCAUGCAAAAAUAUUCAUUAUGCAUAAAGAUUUUCCGAAAGUUAUUGCAGAAAAUUCUUUAGUGGCCAAGAAUUCAUUAAAGAAGUUUCAAGAAAGUUUAACUGAAAGAAGAAAAGCAUUUUCUGAUGAUCUUGGAAACUAUUCAAAGCAGAUUAAUAAUUUAGCAAAUUUAGGUGACACAAAACUUGUGGAGAAGUAUUUGAGGCAUGCAACAGAUAUAGAAGAAUGGUUGAGUAAUGCAGAGAAAACUAUUGAAUCUUUUAACACUGAAGAAGAGGCCUUUGGAUGGGAAAUAACAUCAUAUCCUCUCCGCAUGUCCUUACUGAAUGACAUAAGACCUUAUGUGCAGUUAUACACAUAUGCUGUAGAGUUUGAUAAGAAACAAAGAGAUUGGCUUGAUGGUCCUAUUCAUAAAGUAGAUCCUGAGCUUGUAGAGCAAGAUGUGAUGACAAUUUGGCGUUCUUUAUACAAGCUAGAAAAAGGAUUUUAUGACAAACUAGAACCAAAACGAAUUGCUGAAAAUGUGAGAGCUGUAGUAGAGAAAUUUAAAGGUUACAUUCCUUUAGUUCAAACAUUAUGUAAUCCUGGUCUUAGAAAUCGUCACUGGGAUCAGAUAUCAGAGAUUGUUGGGUUUCCCCUCAAGCCUGAUCCAACAACAACUUUGGCAAAACUAAUUGGCUUGAACUUAGAGGAAUACAUCCCUCAGUUUGAAGGUAUUAGUGAAGCAGCUAGUAAAGAAUACAAUUUAGAAAAAGCAUUGGAUAAAAUGAUUGAUGAAUGGAGUGAGAUCAUGUUCUCUGUGGUACCAUUUCGGGAAUCUGGAACUUAUAUUCUGUCUUCUGUCGAUGAGAUACAAUUGCUUUUGGAUGAUCAUAUUGUCAAAACUCAAGCUAUGAUAGGUACAUCUUCUGUUAAGCCAAUUGAGGCCAAAGCAAAGUCUUGGGAAAGUAAACUAAUGCUUCUGCAAGAAAUAAUAGAUGAGUGGUUGAAAGUUCAAGCUACUUGGCUGUAUUUAGAACCAAUUUUUAGUUCUCCUGAUAUAAUGGCUCAAAUGCCUGAAGAAGGAAGACGCUUUAAUACUGUUGACAAAAACUGGAGAGAUAUAAUGAAAGCAGCAUUAGAAGAUAGACAUGUUCUUGCUGUUGUGAAUAUUGAGAAUUUGCUGGAGACAUUAAAAAAUUCAAAUGAACUCCUCGAGUUGAUACAAAAGGGUCUUAAUGAUUAUUUGGAAAAAAAGCGUCUGUUCUUUCCAAGAUUUUUCUUCCUCUCAAAUGAUGAAUUACUUGAAAUAUUAUCAGAGACUAAAGAUCCCAAAAAGGUUCAACCACAUUUGAAAAAGUGCUUUGAGGGCAUUGCAAAGCUCAAAUUUUUAGACAACUUAGACAUUACCCAUAUGGAAAGCAGUGAGGGAGAGGUGAUUGAAUUAACUGGUAUUAUAUCUGUUGCCAGCGCUAGAGGUCAAGUUGAGAAAUGGCUUUUGGAACUUGAAUCCUAUAUGCUUUCAAGCAUUAAAAAGGUAGUUUCUGAUUCCUUAGAAGGCUAUUCAUCUAAACCUCGUGAAGAAUGGGUUCUUGAAUGGCCAGGCCAAGCUGUUCUUUGCUGCUCACAAAACUACUGGACUGCAGAAAUGCAUGAAGCAAUAAAAGCAGGUCAAAAGGCAUUAGAACAAUACCUUCAACUGAAUAAUGAGCAGAUCGAAAAAAUUGUCAAUUUAGUUAGAGGGAAGCUUUCAAAGCAGAAUCGAAUCACUCUUGGAGCAUUAGUUGUUUUAGAUGUUCAUGCCAGGGAUGUUGUUGAAUAUUUAUGCAACGCUAAAGUAACAUCUGAUGAAGAUUUUGCAUGGCUGAGUCAGUUGCGUUAUUAUUGGAUCGAUAAUAACAUGACCACACGUAUGAUCAAUUCCUAUCUGGAUUAUGGAUAUGAAUAUUUAGGAAAUUCUGGACGCUUAGUUAUAACACCAUUGACGGAUCGUUGUUAUCGUACUUUGUAUGGAGCUCUUAAUCUUCAUCUUGGUGGAGCACCUGAAGGUCCAGCUGGUACUGGUAAAACAGAAACAACUAAGGAUCUAGCAAAGGCAGUUGCAAAGCAGUGUGUUGUUUUCAAUUGCUCAGAUGGAUUAGACUACAUAGCUUUAGGGAAAUUUUUCAAGGGAUUGGCAUCAUGUGGUGCCUGGUCAUGUUUUGAUGAAUUUAAUCGUAUAGACUUGGAGGUUUUGUCCGUUGUUGCUCAACAAAUAUUGACCAUACAAAGGGGUAUAAAUGCUGGAGCAAAAACUUUACUCUUUGAAGGAACAGACAUAAAACUGGAUCCUACCUGUUCAGUUUUCAUUACUAUGAAUCCUGGAUAUGCUGGGCGUUCAGAGCUUCCCGACAACCUAAAAGCCCUUUUUCGCCCAGUUGCUAUGAUGGUGCCUGACUAUGCACUUAUAUCUGAAAUUGUUCUUUACUCUUGUGGAUUUGUGAAUGCAAGACCUUUAGCUGUUAAAAUAGUUGCUACUUAUAGACUUUGUUCUGAACAGUUAUCUUCACAGAGUCAUUAUGAUUAUGGUAUGAGAGCUGUUAAAUCUGUUCUGACUGCUGCUGGGAAUUUGAAAUUGAAAUAUCCAGAUGAAAGUGAAGAUAUUUUAGUUUUGCGAUCAAUAACUGAUGUAAAUCUGCCAAAAUUUUUAAUGCAUGAUCUUCCUCUUUUUUCUGGAAUAACCUCAGAUCUUUUUCCUGGAAUCGCUUUACCAACUCCUGAUUAUCAGUAUUUAAAUGCAGCUGUCUAUAAAUAUUGCGAAGAAAUAAAUUUACAGUGUCCUCCUGUAUUCUUGGAAAAAAUUCAGCAAAUAUAUGAAAUGAUGAUUGUGCGUCAUGGUUUUAUGAUUGUUGGGAUGCCAUUUGGGGGAAAGACAUCAGCUUACAGAGUAUUAGCUGGUGCUUUAGCUGAUAUAUGUAAGCAAGGUCUUAUGGAUGAAAAUAAAGUUCAAAUUAUUGUUAUAAACCCCAAAUCAAUAACUAUGGGUCAGCUAUAUGGACAGUUUGAUCCAGUGUCUCAUGAAUGGUCUGAUGGCAUUUUAGCUGUUAGCUACAGAGAUUUUGCACAGUCUAUGACACCAGAUCGCAAAUGGUUGAUUUUUGAUGGUCCUGUGGAUGCUAUUUGGAUUGAAAACAUGAACACUGUGCUUGAUGAUAACAAAAAAUUAUGCUUGAUGAGUGGAGAAAUAAUUCAGUUGGCACCAACAACAAAUUUAAUUUUUGAACCUAUGGAUUUGGAAGCUGCAUCACCAGCUACUGUUUCUAGAUGUGGAAUGAUUUACAUGGAACCAACUUCAUUAGGUUGGGAACCAAUGCUAAUUUCUUGGUUAAAUGAGCUUCCACUAUCAAUUAAUGAUGCACAUAAAGAAUUAAUUGUAAAACUUUUUCUUUACUUUUGCCCUCCUCUUUUAUCAUAUGUCUCGAGUUAUCCUACAAAGGAACUUUCUCCUACUACUGAUGCAAAUCGUAUUAAAUCUUUGAUGAAUCUACUAGACUGUUUAUUUGAUGGUUUUUCUUGGAUUCAGAAAAUGCCUGAAAUGCAAGUUUUUAUAUUCUUGAAAUGUUGCUUCUUUUUUGCUGCUACAUGGUCCCUGUGUGCUACAACAAAUGAAGAAACUCGUGUUGAAUUAGAUAUGAUAUUUAGGGAACUUUUGUCAGGUAAAUUAUCACCAGAAACUUAUCAAAUGUGCAGAUUGCCUGAUGGUGGAGUUCAUGCAACAGAUUUGAUUUUUGAAAUCCCAUUUCCUGCAGAUGGCCAAAUUUAUGAUUAUCAGUUUAUAAAAGAAGAAGAUGGUGAAACUCCUGGACAUUGGGCCGAUUGGAAAGAAGAGGUUUCUAGGGCUCCUGCUAUUCCUAAGGAUGCACAAGUUAAUCAGAUCAUUGUGACAACAAUAGAUACAGUUCGUUACAGUACACUUAUGUCUUUACUUGUCCGUCAUGGAAAACCAACUUUGUUUAUAGGACCUACAGGAACUGGCAAAUCUGUUUAUAUUACAGACUUUCUUCUGAAUGCUGUUGAUGGUGAAAUCUUCAAACCACUCUUUAUAAAUUUCUCUGCACAAACUAGUGCUGGUCAAACGCAAAAUAUUAUCAUGGGAAAAUUAGAUAAGCGGAGAAAAGGUCUUUAUGGUCCUCCUCUUGGCCAAAAAAUGAUUGUUUUUGUUGAUGAUUUGAACAUGCCAAUAUUAGAAACUUAUGGUGCUCAACCUCCUAUUGAGUUGUUACGGCAGUGGUUGGAUCACUGGACAUGGUAUGAUAUGAAAGAAGUUGUUCCUAUGAAAUUAGUAGAUGUGCAACUUAUUGCAGCCAUGGGCCCUCCAGGUGGAGGUCGUAACCCGAUUACACCCCGAUUCCUUCGUCACUUCAAUUCAAUCACUAUUAAUGAGUUUCGAGACAACAUUAUGAUAACAAUUUUUAGCAAAAUUCUCUCAUGGCACAUGAGUACAAGGUAAGUUA